AAGGAGACGAAGAGAGAUUCGUGUGGGUAAGAAAGCAAACUUGAAAGAUGAAGCCAUAAGGCGCUGCCAUCACGUCUCUGCUCAAGCAAUGGCGAAGAAGGGGAAGGCGAAGAAGAAAAAGCCGGUGACUAGACAACCAUAAGGUGACGGCAAAAGCGUCAAGAAGAAAUGCAGGAAGAAGAAGAAGCUUCAGAAAUACCAAGCUCCAAUCCCAACCAAAGACACCGCGAUGCCAAUUCAAUCCAAUUCGGAUGCCGACAAUGAUUCCUCCUCCGGUGAGACCAAGCCCGAGAAGAUCCAGAAACUUCUCAAGCCCUACACCAAGUACCAGCGGAUUAACUUCCUUGUCGUCACCGCCGUGCCCGACGCCUUCCUCUUCACUCGCCUCCGUGAUGCCGCGGAUCGCAACAUAUCUUGUUGCAAGCUCGUCGUCUAUGGCCUCGCGUGGGACACGACACGAGAAACCUUAGUCUUUGCCUUCGAGUCAUACGGCGAGAUUGAGGACUGCAGCAUCAUCUUCGAUCGGGUCAUGGGCAAGACCAAGGGCUACAGCUUCGUCUAGUUUAAGACGAGACGGGAAGUG